AUGAAGCCUGAAGACUUACCCAAUUCGCCACACGGCGGUUCCAUUGCGGAGGCAAUCCCAAUUCCGGCUUCUCCCCUGAUGGAAUUCUUCGAGGAAUUCCCUCAAUCGUUCGAAUUCAAGGCGUCUGAUGUGUCAUCGCCGCCGGUGGCGGCGGUGGUGGUUGGGGUUUCUCCUCCAUCUCUUCCAAAGCCGCUGGCGAUUCUGCACGAGACUCCCAUCCCGCCGUUUCUGUCGAAGACGUUCGACCUGGUGGACGACCGAGGUCUGGACGCCGUGAUCUCGUGGGGAGCCGAUGGGGUGAGCUUUGUGGUUUGGGAUCCGGUCGAGUUCUCCAGAACCGUGCUCCCUCGCAACUUCAAGCACAACAAUUUCUCCAGCUUCGUUCGCCAGCUCAAUACUUAUGGAUUCCGCAAGAUCGAUGCUGACAAGUGGGAGUUUGCAAACGAAGGCUUUCAACAAGGUCAAAAGCAUCUUCUUCGAAAUAUCCAGCGGCGGAAGUCACCAUCAUCAUCUCAGCCAACCAGUGGCUAUGUUGUUGGGUCCUCUGGUGAAGCAGCAGGGAAGUCCAGGCUGGAGAGUGAGGUGGAGAGGCUGAGGAAGGAGAGAGGAGCAAUGAUGCAGGAAGUUGUAGAACUUCAGCAGCAGCAAAGAGGAUCCAUUGAGCAUAUGGAGACGGUCAACAAGAGGAUUCAUGUAGCUGAGCAGAGACAGAAGCAGAUGCUUUCCUUCCUGGCAAAGCUGUUCCAAAAUCCAGGAUUCCUCGACAGACUGAAGGAAAGCAAGGAGGACCGUCAACAAGGCAGCAUAGGAGGAGGAUCAAAGAGGAAGAAGUUCCUCAGACAAAGUCAAGGUGAAGCGAGUGGAAGCUCUACAUCUGUUCAAGGGAAGAUGAUAAAGCACGAGUCUGAUUCUGUUCCUAUGGAGGAGGAGCUAUCACCUGAUUAUGUCUUGCAAAACAUGGCAGAAGGAGGUGCAGACAGAGAAGGUUUGCCAUUUGAGCUUGACUCUUUUGUAUCAACAGAUGAAUUGGCUGCUGCAGGGCAGGAAUUCAUAAUCCCCUCUGAGGAGAUUGAGGAUCAAUGUUAUAAAGGGAAGGAUGUGGUGAUGGAUUCACAGCAAGAACUCGGUCCUGAAUAUUUCAUCUCCUAUCCUGACGAUUUGGGAAUGCAGCAGGAGGAAUUCACACUUCCUGCAGUCUCAAGUCCAGGCUUCGAAAGCGUAGUUAAGCAAGAGGUUGAUGUAUGGAGCAUGGGAUUCGACACUCAUCCGAUCAUGGCUACCAGUCCAGGGAACGAGCUAUGGGAGUUUGGAGUUACAGGUGGGUUCUCUGACGUCUGGGAUUUAGGUUCCACACAAGCAGCAGAAAGAAGUUCAGGGGUGGACAAGCAGCUGCUGUUUGAUGAGAGCUUACUACCUGAUAUUAGUUCUGCUCAGCAGCAGGAUGCUGGGAGUUUAAAAAGAAGUUAG